AUGGACAGCAUUUACUACAAUGAAACUUACCCUCCACCCCCCGAGAUGGCCAACGGACCAGCCACCAUCUGCACUCUGGAAACAUGCAGUGUCAUCUGGAGUAUCCUGACUUACAGACCGUCUCUCCCAGUCAACGCUCUAUUCGUCGCUCUAUUCAGCGCCGCCAUGAUCCUCCACAUCUACCAAGGUUGGCUCUACAAGACCUGGUUUUUCGCCGAGGCUGUCAUAUGCGGCUGUCUUUGCGAGAUCAUAGGCUACAGUGGGAGGAUCCUGCUGUACAGUAACCCUUUCAAUUUUAAUGGGUUCAUUAUGCAGAUUGUGGUAAUAAAUCUCGGCCCAGCUUUCAUAUGUGGAGCAAUCUACGUGACGCUCAGCCAAACAAUCCAACACCUGUCUACCGCGUGCUCACGCUUCUCUCCUCGGGCGUUCUAUCUCGUUUUCAUCCCCUGCGACAUGAUCUCACUGGUCCUCCAGGCCGCCGGCGGCGGCGUGUCAAGCAUCUCAUUGGGACAGAACACCGCCGGGGUGGAUUGCACGCUCGCGGGACUCGGCCUCCAGGUCAUCACCUUGACGCUGUUUGUCUGCCUGGCUAUCGACUAUGCCGUUCGCUAUUCCAAGUUCCGCCAGAUGCGGGAGAUCUCGAUCUCGAUCUCGAUCUCGAGCAAGGAAUCCCAGGCCAUCGAAGACAAUGAGGACGGCGAACAACGCCCCGAGGCAAGCGCGGAUCCGUUGACAGGACGAUUCAUGAUUUUCGUCUCAUUUCUCGCCCUCGCGAUCGUCUGUAUCUUCAUCCGCUGCUGCUACCGCCUCGCGGAGCUGCAGGAGGGAUACCAAGGGGAUUUGUUCCACCACGAAGCGGCGUUCAUUGGGCUGGAGAGUGUGUAUGUUCUCGCUCUCCCCUUCUGUACCACUGUGCUCAUCUUCCCCUUCCUAAAAGAUGUGCUUCAUCUUUCUUUGAGGAAGAGUCUGCUAGCUAACAUAUAUCACCUCUUUUGA